CUGCCUCACACAGCCAGACCCACUACAGUACAGGUGAGCAGCGUGACAACACCAGCAAACAGGAAGGAGCACAAAACCCCUGGAAUUUUAUCUGCUGCUGUGAGACUGAUCGCUGCAGACGUUGUCACCUGCAGCCCGUUACAUUUGUCCACUUGGGGUUAUUCUGCAAAAUGGACGUGGAGAUUUAUAAAAGACCUUUUAUUUAUUAAGCUACGUUCACCAAACUAAAAACUGGCUGAAGAAUCCGAACUCAGAUAUAAUCUAUUUUUUACUAGGAGCAAAACAUACAAAUCAAAUCUGUGGGUAGCAGCUGCUGACUGCUGGAUUAUUACAUUCAUGAAAACUCCCAGAUUCCUCAAUCGACAAAAGAAAUGUCCUUGGUUGUGGUUUCGUGAACAAACACAAGAAAGACAUUGAGCCUGUGAAGGCUGGAUCUGGCUUUAUUGUAUAACAAAUACCACAGGAAACUUCAGUAAAGCAAAACUAACUGGCUGCUUUAAAGCUCUGAAUACAAAUCAGUCUGUGGAAUAACCUUUCCAGAGCGAAAUGUUAUUCCUCACAUGCACCUAACAGCAGGAAGCGCCCACAUACACAGUCCCCCCUCACGUCACUGCAGAGUUAUGAUCUCCAAGAUAAAGGGCAGAUCCUUUUCUCAGAGAGAAAAAUAAUCUUUGUGCUGGAGAUACGGAUGCAGACGAAAAGCAUGUUUUGGUGACCGAAAUAGCAGAGGAGGAAGAGCAAAGUCUGGGAAAGGAAAAAAACGGAGUACUAGAGAGAUGCAAAUAGAGAAGCCUGGACUGAUUCUCACCCGUCUUUGCCAGAUUUUGAACAGAGCACAACAAACUUGUGCAAUUUUCGUGGCAGUUAUCCACGGGAGCUCAUCCAAGACACAUUGGAGCUGACCCUGCUGGAAGGUCCUGUUAGACAGAGAAUAAUACUUCAUGAGGACCAAAGUGAGAGCACACUUCUUCCAUCAAAUUUCCGCUGACUACAGAACAACCUUUGGAGGCAUUGUUGCUGAAAGGGGAGCCAUGGCCGGAAGCAGCAAACUGGAAAGCUGAGCUACUUCUUUCCUCGUCCGCCCUUUGGUUUGUCUUCUUGUGUUUGCAAACUUUUUUCACUGCCAGCCAGUGAGGAGUAAAACUUCCCAUCUUCCAGCUGGAUCAGUGGCUUCAUCUUAUCAGGAGAGAAGAUUGACCUGACUGGAACUAAACCGUCCCAUUUCCCACUGCUGCAGGGCUUUUUGUUUCUGCUGCAGCAGGAGUAUUUUAACUGUGGGUAGCGAUGGAGAUGAAUAUGGGACAUACGUCAAUCAGGAGAGGGGUGAGCUGGAGUCCAGCAGGACAGAGAAAACCUCUCCAGGCAACGCAAGACACGCACACUCCUGGGACAGAGUGCAAUGCAUUAUGGGAGAAAACAGGAUUCAACAAAGAACAUAUGAGCCGGAAAACAAAUUUGACCCGCAGUGCCAGUUUAUCAGAGAAGGAGCUCAAAGAGGCUCGGGUCAGGAGCCAAAUCAUCGCCGCCCAGCUCACCGUGCCUUCCAACUCCAGCUCUAGGGGCGUGCAGCUCUUCAACCGCCGGAAGCAGAGGGUCAACGCUUUCACGCUUGAAAGCUGUGGAGAGGGCUCAGAGGAGGAAAGAGCAGAGAAUUUGAAAACCACGGCCUUGUCCAACAAAUUGACAUGGGCAGAGAGGAGCAGUGAGGAACACGAUAGAGAUCUCAACUUGAAGAAUAGCGCCACCAAGCCUCUUCUCUCGUCACCUGUCAGGGUACCUACAGUAGGUCACAUCAUGGAGGAACCAUGUAAAGAUUUCCACAAAGAGGAGGAUGUGGAGGAUAGUGUUAUCCAAGAGAGACACUUCCUGCCUGUCAAGGAGGAGCAGGAGGAAGACGAAGAGGCGAGAUAUAAAAUCCAUGAGGACAAAGUCACGGAGGAGAUUCCCCCAGGAAGUAAUAAUACUGAUCCAGUCAUGGUUGGGCAUGUUGAAGAGGAGGCAGAGAUAAAUGGGGGGCUUUCAGGGCCGGCUCCCCGCGGAACGUUUCUUAACGGCUGUCACGGUGCCUCUGGAUCAGACAGGGCGUUUGUGUCCACAACCAAGCAGACAAGUGCCAUCAUCAACAGAACUGCCAGGCCCUUUUUCUCCCCACCGACAGUGCAGUCUCCAGAGGCAGCCAGCCCUGUCAUGAACAUCCCCCCUCCUCCUUCCUACACCACUCCUCCUCUGCCAGCUUACACUGCUCCGCAACCUGUGGCGUUCUCACCUCCUCCUCCACCUCCAUCGUAUCCCACGCCACCUCUACCGGCCUUCACAAACCACCCGCCGCAGGCCUACUACUCCAGUCCUACUCCAAUGUCUCCAGUGAUGUCGCCUUCCUCCCCUCCACCAUCUCAGUUCCCAGUUUCUUCUGUAUCUCACUACCCACCCAUGCCUCAUUACGGCCCACCCAAGGCCCCAAAGCCCUCCAACUUUGCUCCUCAGCCCUCCACAGAGAGUAGGCCAAUAACAACGAUCAAAACAGGGAUACUUGAGGAGGGGGCGGUUAAGAGGGCAAGUAGGAAAUCAAUGUUCACAUUCAAAGAGAAGCAGGUGGUAGCUCCGAACCCUGAGCUGCUGUCUCUGGUGCAAGGGGCGGAUGACAGGAAGAAACACGGACUUAGAUCUGUUCCAGAGCCAACAUCUGAGGAAGAGUUACUGGCUCUGGGUGCAGAGGCCUCCAACUUCCUCGCCAAGGAAGAGGACAGGAAAGAUGAGGCUAAAGCUCCAGAGUGGGCCUCCUGUCUUAAGAGCUCCAGGACCCGACCCAGAGAAGAGCACAGGCCAGAACAGACCCUCACCAAUGUCUCUGGAAAGGGGGCUGAGCUGUUUGCCAAGCGUCAGUCCAGGAUGGAGAAAUUUGUUCUUGAUAAUCAGAAAGCAGGUCAAAUGAGGUCUCCGUCUCCCACGAUGUCUCUGCCACCAUCUUGGGUUUACCCAUCAAACAUGCCUGGGAGAGUCAAGGCCAUUGCUAAAAACUCUGACAUGAGCACUCAGCUUUCACAAAACCUAAAGGCCCAACAGGCAAUCAAGCAGAAACCGAGGCAAAAAGCUCCAGCACCACCUCCGGUUCCGGAGCCGCCACCCUUAGAGAAUGGAUGCUCCAAGAUAGAGAUGGACCUAUCGAGGCACCGGCCCUACCAGAUUAACUCGUCACUCUUCACCUUUAACCCUGUUAAGGACCCCAUUAGUACGCUACCCAGAGGAGCACCACCGGCCAAGAACAUGAUCUCCACCCAAACGUUCUCAAGACAGACUUCCUUGCCCCACAACCCUCCCUCUCACUUCCGUACCCACUGCAUGUCUCCUCAGCUGCCUCUCAGUCCCCCAGGUGGAGCAGAAUAUCUGUCUAAUCCAGCUCCUGGGCAGCCAAAGAUCAGUUCUCCUAUGCCUGCCUUUUCUCCAGAGCGAGUGUCCUCUCCACGAUCAGGGGUCCAGGCACCAAGGCCAACGUUUUCUACCAAGAGGGCAGGGAUUGCACCACAGACGCCAAAGGACUCAACCCCAGUUGAAACCUCAAGUGAUACUCCCACAACAACCAGGACACCCAGUCUCACCAGACGUUUCAGCAGCCCAGAGGGUCCCGCCUCAGGAGCCUGGACGUCCGGCCUACAAAUUAAUCGCCCCUCUACCACCACCUCCAGCUCCAACCGCUCAUUCAUUUCCCCUGUAUCCACUCCCAGGGGUUCUAGAUGCCAGUCACCUAUGACCAGUCAGAAUAUCCAGUUUUCCACUGUUAACUCAACCACAACAGUCAGACCCUCGCAGAUAUCUGCCGCCACCUCUCCACGCUCACCUCCUUGGGGGUCGAGAUGUCAGUCCCCAAUGGUAAGCCAGAAUACUUCUGCUGUUGUCUCACCCAGACCCUCCCAAACACCCACAGUGACAACUCCUAUCUCCCCUCCUUGGGGUUCGAGAUGCCAGUCGCCGAUGGUAAACCAGAAUAUUUCCACUGUCUGCCCCGUUUCUACAUCCAGACCCUCUCAAACAGCCACAGCCACGUCUCCCAUCUCUCCUCCUUGGGGGUCGAGAUGUCAGUCGCCAAUGGUAAACCAGAAUACUUCCGCUGUCUGCCCCGUUUCUACACCCAGACCCUCCCAAACAAUCACAGCCACAUCUCCCAUCUCUCCUCCCUGGGGUUCACGUUCCCAGUCUCCAGCUCCCUCUCACAACAGUUUAUCCUUUGCUGCCACCAAACCUCUGUACACAUCCUCUGCCACCUCUCCUGUUCCCCCAGCCAAAGACAAUCGCUGCAUGUCCCCCAUUGUUAAUACCUUAGACUCAAAGGCCAACCAUCGCCUCCUGGCAAAGAACAUCAUCAAUGCAGCCAAACGUAAAAACAGCCCGUCCCCUGGUGCACUGAGCGGUCACAGCCUCCCCAUCUCACCGCUGGGAAAUUCGCACCAUGGCUACGACUGUCACAAACCGCCCACGAGCCCCUUCCAGUCUCGUGCACUGGGGGCCCGGUCCCCUCCCUUCACCAGCCCACCACCAACCCCGACACAGAGGAUCUGCUCCCCCGUGAGGCUUUACAACACUCGCUCCCUCACUGACUCUGAUGCCUCUGUUGAGUCAGAGGACUCGGGCCUCCGGUCGCCCGGCCACUCCUACAACACCUGUCCCCGCGGCUGGGGCGGCAGCCUGAGGGUGAAGAGGAGCAACGUCUCCACUGACCUGUGAGGGUGUUUACUGGACAAAGAUUAAAGCAUAAUCACACUUUCUGCAGACUUUCUGGGUUACUUUUCUGCAGCUUUCAUUGCUGAUCCUGGACUACGAUUAAUGUAUCAAGGUAGUUUUAGUUUUUUAUGUGACUCACAUUCAUAGUACAGAGUGACAAGAACAAGCUUUUUACAUAACACAGUUGCUGUGGCUUGUAUGCUUCUAUACACACCAAAAAGUGCAAAGACUCAAAAUGACUCUAAAUGACUUUUACACUUUUUUACAUACACAACACAGUGACUAUUAAAGUUGAAUAAUGUCAAAGUAAAGGGGUGUGGUUUUGAAUAUUAUUAAUGAAUUAUCAUUAUCAUUAUAUUUACUGGUCUUGCACAAGAAGAAGUGGAGGGAGGUUUUAGGCAAAGAAGGGACACACAAAGUGAAAGUCGUGUUAAUACAUAUCUUAAUCGACUAUACAGUACUUUGGUUGAGGCACUAUCCUUGUUCUGUAUUAAUUAAGGAUCAUAUUUAACAAUCCAGUCAAAUCCUGAUGAAUAUUGAUGUAGGUGAUACUAGGUUAAACGGCAUUCCAUAGUUUUUCUAUAACAAAAUCACAGUGGUCAGUAGGUAGGACACAUGGCAUUCACAUUAACAUACAUGGUUAAAGUAUUCAUUGCAAUUUAUUAUUCAUUUUUAAUCAUUGGAAAAUAAAUAAUAUCCAUAACUAUCACAGUGCAAUAAUCAGUUUAACACAGUGUAUAGUAUGUUGCUUUAUGUACUGCAUUUGGUCAAAUGAAUGUAUGGUUUACAGGCAGGUUGACAGAGAAUGGUAGAAACAAGGUAGUGUUGAGUAUGAAGAGUUAUGUCAGGGUUAGAUGGGACAAAGACACGUCACUGUGGCCAUGUUUGAGGAAAAAAAAGAUUUCAAAGGGUUUUUUGCAAAGGUUUGAGAAUUGAUGAUGAACAAUUGAAUAAACAAAUGUUAGCCGAAGACUUGUGCAAAUGGCAUAUUGAUUGUAAUAAUUGUUUUGAAGAUUGGUGUAUGUAUGCCUAUUUUUGUGGAUUUUACUCAUCAUAGCUUCAUUCUUUUUCAUAUCAGUGAUGUCAUUCAUGAGGGAAAAAAACUGUUAGUAAGAAUGUUGUAUGUUGUUUGGGAGAAAAGGAUCGGAGGAAUGAUAUGUAUUUUAAACACAUUUAAAUACAUAGUUUCUUUUUAUACUUGAUUUGCACUUCUAUUCAUUCCAUUUCAGCAGCUAUGUUUGCUUUGUUUAAAACUUGAUUUGCUCAAAAUAGUGUCAUUCACAGUAAGACCAGCAAAUAAAUAUGCUUCUGAUCACAGCUAGCUCUCUGUCUCAAAUGUUGGAUAAUGAAAGCCAUCUUCCACCACUUCCCUCUUAGCCAGUCGGGUACCAGCACACACAACAGAUCAUUAUUUCAUUCCCUGACAUGUGGGGGCCAAGAGCAUCAGCACAUUUCUAAAUAUUUACUUCAGUGUGUGUUGGAGUGACAGGGACACCUGCUGCAGGGUGACCUGUCUCCUUCAGCACGAUGAAGACACUGUCCUGGAUAGAUUUCAAUCUGGUUCACCUCUGUAGUUUUGCAAGCUUUUUCUUGGCUCUGUGAUUGCAUUCCUGAUUUUUUUAUCAACACAGCUCAUGUUGAAUUUUACUUACUGUAUCAUUUCUGAAAUAAGAAUACAAAAUAAAAAGUGAUGACACACCAAUUUAAA